UAGCCUAUAGUCCUAUAGGUGAUAGGGCAAAGUUCACUUUUGAUGGCAUGUUAUUGUUUAUUAUUUAAAUACUUUUUAGAUAAAUCUAUCUUUCUACUUUAUCUACGAUACUCUUCAUAAUAAUAAUAAAUUAAAUUAAGUGAAAAGGCAUAGACCUAACUUUAUUAAACAAUCAAUGACUAUGACUAUGAUGAUGUUAUUGUUAUCAUUAUUAACGAGUCGAUAAAAACGACUUCAUUUUAUUUUUAAUAAAAUUUGUAAAUAACUUUACUUAUGAAGUUAGUUUGGUUAGGUAUCAUUAGUAUUAGACUUGAGUAAAGUAUAAUAAAAUAUGCCUAUCUGUAUCUUACUAUUAUUAUUAUAUUAUGUUGUAGUAUCGGUAUGCUAGUGUCUAAGUUAGUCUAGUUAGUCUAAUAAUAACUAAUAAUAUUAAUAAUUAAUAGUAUUAAUAAUACUAAUUAGUGACUAUACUAUAUAACUUUAUGCUAUAACAAUAAUUUAAAUAAUUUAGUUUUUAUUUAGUUAUAGACAUUGACUAUAUAAUUAAAUUAGAAUAAUAUAAUAAUAUAUAAUAUAGACAAUUUAGACAUAAAUUGACAGUGCCUACUUGAAACUACUAUUUAUUAUAGUAAAAUUAUACUAUUAAAGUAAUUUAAUACUAAUUUAUUAGGCCAACGCCUAUCAACUAGUUAAUUUAGACAUUUCGACUUAGGAAAGUUAGUAGGCUAGACAAUUAAAAUAUUAAUAUUAAAAUUUGUAUUUUAAAGUUUAAAAAGUCAGAGGAUUUAAAUUGUAUUAAUUUAAUGAUAAAAUAAAGGACAUAGAAUAGACAUAAGACAUGUCUUACUUAAAUAACUAAAAGACUACGUUAGUAAGUUACUCAUUAAAUUUAGUCUAUCAUCUAUACAAGUGGCAAUCAGCAGCAGGAUCAUUAACAAAUUUUUGAGAGCCGAAUUUCUUUUCAAGAACCUGACAUGAACCAUGUUUUUCAAAGUCAAAACCAAUUAGUGGCCAACUUGCCGAGCCGCACUCAGGACAUUAAAGUUUAAAGAGCCGCAUGGGUCUCGCAAGCUGUGAUUUGCCGACCACUGGUCUAUCCUAUAGUCAUAGUAUAGUAUAGUCACUUUAUUGAUUAAACUUGAAGGCCUAAAUAAAUAUUGUAUCUUUAUAAAGUAAAUCUUUAAAAAAUGUUCCCAAUAUAUCUAUUAGUAGUAUCUGGGCUAUUGCUAUAUUCAGUUUAAUAUUUUAUUAGACAAGUUAUUUUCUAAUUAUAAUAUUAGUAAUUAGGGGUCAUCCAUAAAUCACGUCACCCGUGUGGGGGGGGGGGGGGGGGGAGGUGCUUAACUAAUGUGAUGUCACAUGAAAAGGGGAAUAUUAUAGUAAAUAAUUGCACUUAAUAACCCUAAAUUAAAGACAUUUUUAACUUUAUUCUUUAAUACAAGAAUUAAAAUUAUUUCAUUUUUCAACUACAACAGUGAGAAAAUCAGUACAGGUUUGCGCGGUAUAAAAAAUGGCCUCUGAUCAAGUUACAGGCCACAUUGACUACAAGCUACAUUGACAGUCGGGAGUCAUAGGAUUCUGACCCCCACAUGAAAUUGGAUGGAACGAAAAGAAUGGUUGAGGGGGGGGCUGAUCUUAGUAAAUGCUCCAGGGCAGGGAUUCUUAACCUUUUUUGCAGCGCUGCCCUCCCAUGUCCCCUAAACUGUAUAAAUUAUAUAGUAAUAAAAUUUAAAAUAUGAAAAUAAUUAAAUAAUUUAGUUAUCGUAGUUUUAUUUCAUUAAUUAACUUUUUAUAAGCAAGAAAAAAAUUACCUAUACAAGUAAUGUGCAAACAAAAUUCACCAGAAAACAUUUACUGCUGCUCAUCAAAAUGCGUAAGAACUUAUUUUUUUUAUUUUAAAAGCAGCAACAACUAGCAAUGACAGCAAAAACAAUUUUUUGGUCUUCCGCACCUUAGGGCUAGGGAGGUACUUUUACCCCUGGCUAAGAACCACUGUUCUAGAGAAAUGUGUGACACAGGUGCCGUAAUUUGAUAUCCAUGGCAGGUGAAUUUCUUAAGGGUUUGUAAAGGACAGUAGUGUACUCAGGGAAUUUUUAUAGGGGUGGGGGGGUGCAGAGAUUUGUGACGUUAUAUUUGGGGGGGGGUCUAUCUUUUUGUGACAAUUUGUGACAAAAGAGGGGGUGGGGUCGAAAAUUGGCAAAAUUUGCGUGAUGUCAUUUAUGGAUGGCCCCUUAGGCAUCAGUUGGGUACCUAAGCCUAGGAAGGGCCUAAUCAUAUAUAGAACAGACAAAAGUUUUCAUAACUUUAAUCUUCAAUGUGAUUUUCAAUUUUUUUACUUUUAAAAGUCUUAUUAGUAACAUGAAUUAAAAUGAUGUCACACUGUUUUGGACCCACCUCCCUUAUCAACACAAAUAUGGCACACAAUUUAGACACCCUCAUAAUUAAUACAUCUUCACAAACUCAUGAACCCUCCCUAAUGCAUGACACCAUUUAUAGAUGGCCCCUUAGGCAGGCUCACAUGAUGCUAAUAAUAUUACAAUAGCACACAAGUUAUUGUUAAUGAAAGAGAAUAUCACUUUAUAAAUUAUUGGUUACCAACUUUGAAAUGUCAAUGAAGUAUACUUUAAAUUUAUUUGAUUUAAUUUCAAAUAUUCAGAGAAGGUAAGUUUUUGGUCUGCCAUCAUGUAUAAAAGGUUUUUCUCCUCUUUGUCUUUAAAAGUGUACCUUUAACUUUUUGAAUACAGUUCAGGAUUUCUUGAGUCAAGCAGAGGCAGCAUGUUGAAAGCUUUUCCUGCAAUAGGAAGAAUGCCAACUCAUACAAGGUCUAUUUUUCCAGCCACUGCAUCCUCCAGAAAAUCAUCAAAUAAUUUCAGGAAAUCACAACGCCCCAAAGCUGUUAUAUUUGAUAUGGGAGGUGUCAUCAUUGCCUCACCUUUUCAGAUGUUCAACGGUAGGAAAAAUGUAUCAUUUUGUGACAUAAUCAGAUACCAGACCUUUUUACUUUUACGAUUUUGGAUUACAAUGUAUGAUUUUGAGGUGUAUAUACAUUAUAUUUACUGCAUGUUUAUUUUUUACUAUUAAGAUAAUGUAUUGAACGAUUUUGUGAUAAUAUUGUACGAUUUUAAGAGUUUGAGAGUAAACAGGUUUGAGAUACUAAAUAUUUGCAUUGGACAUUCUCUGAUUAGAAAAACAUAAUUUAAAAUUUAAGAGUAUCAAUAAAUGAAUGUUUUAUUAAAAUUCAGUUAUUUUGUUAAUGCUUAAAAAAACACAUUUAUAUAUAUAUAAUGGAUACAAAUUUGAUUCUAGCUUCCUAGUUUCUUAUAUUUGUUAAAAUAUAGUCUUUUAAAGACUAUAAUUUUUUUUAAACUUGUUCAUAGGUGUUUUUUAUAGUCAUUUGAUUUUUACACUAUUUUAGAUUUUGAGAAAAAAAAUGGCUUACAAAAUGGGAGUUUGUCUCGUGUGAUAGUUGGGGGUGGCCCUGAUGGAUCUUGGGCCCAACUGGAAAUGGGAAAGAUCAACUUAACACAGUUUGCUCAAAGUUUUAGUCGUGAACUUUCAAAACAGGUAUUGCUUCUUGUCUUUUUCCUUAUAAAUUUAGUGAACAUCUGAUGCGGAAAACUUCAACAUCAAAAGUUUAGUCUAGUUUUCUUUCAUAAUGGGAUAAAAUUUUUAAACCUAAUGAAUAAUUGCUUUUAAAUUGUAUUACCAGCAUAUUUAUUAACUGCUUAUUAACCGCUGCUUUAAUUUCAAAUUUUUUGUGUAAGGCUUAUGUCACCAUUUGGGAACUGUAUUCUCAUUUUAUAAUACCACUGUUACCAUUUGCUUUUAAGAAUAUUUGAUGGAAAAUUUAUUGAUUACAUUUCCUUUUUAAAAAUGCUUUGAAACAAUAUUUGUGCUCAUUUGGCCCAAUAGAAUCUGAGAGCACAUUGAAUACCAUAAUUGUUCUUUUAAACAUAAACAAAUCUUUAAGACAUUUGCUGUGAGUGUAGAAAUUGGGAUUUCAUGAGUUUUUAAUGAGUGUGGAAGGGGUAGGGUGGUGUGCUGUCAAGUACUGACAUUUUAAAAUAGAAACACAUAUAGAAAAUUUACUUUUAUUUUUGUUAGCAAAAAAAGCUUUAUUAAUUUAUUUUAAAAAAUUAUUGACACCUCUAAAAUUUACCAACCAGAGGAGCUGCCCCAGGCUCAUGGAAUGUAACUUUAAUUUUAAAAAAGUAUACAUUUAAUAUAUGCAAUUUAUUUGAAGGCUGGCAAAGAUGUUGAUGUUUCCACACUGGUAAAGGGACUUCGCUCUGACAAGGUCACUCCAUUUCCCAUCAUGCUCGAGGCCAUCAAGUGUGUCAAAGCAGAGGGGAUCAAAACAGCACUAUUAACCAACAACUGGUUUAUUGACGACAUCAAGACUAAGACGAUUUUGUUAGCUGAGCGUUCAUUGUUUGAUGUGGUGAGUUGAUUGUUUGAUGUGGUGAGUUCAUUGUUUGAUGUGGUGAGUUCAUUGUUUGAUGUGGUGAGUUCAUUGUUUGAUGUGGUGAGUUGAUUUUCUGAUGUGGUGAGUUGAUUGUUUGAUGUGGUGAGUUGAUUGUUUGAUGUGGUGAGUUGAUUGUUUGAUGUGGUGAGUUGAUUGUUUGAUGUGGUGAGUUGAUUGUUUGAUGUGGUGAGUUCAUUGUUUGAUGUGGUGAGUUCAUUGUUUGAUGUGGUGAGUUCAUUGUUUGAUGUGGUGAGUUCAUUGUUUGAUGUGGUGAGUUCAUUGUUUGAUGUGGUGAGUUGACCAAAAAAGAAACGAUAAUAUAGUUUCUGAAAGAAAAACAGAAAGAGGAUCUCCAAAAAACAUAGAAUGUUGUCAAAUGGCUUAUUGUGACUCACAUACUUGCAUUUUGACUGUCGAUACAUUUCAGAAUGAGUUGGCAAACAUUUAAAAUCUUAAAAUUCUAAACAAAAAUCUGAUAGAAUAAUCUUAAAUGAAUGCUUGGACUUAAAUUUAAUUCACUGAAGUGAUGAUGUCAGAGUGUAAUGAUUUUUGGAAUUGAAAACUUAAUUAUUUUUUUAAAAGAAAGAUUUGUGUGUAAACAUACAUAAGAGAAUGAGAAAGUAAGCAGGUCACAUACAAAACAUAAUGACAAAUCAUUCUUUGUUUUCCAACAGUUGCACAGCACGUAUAUUAUCAUGUUUGAAAUUUCCCAGUCUAUGAAGUACUGCUCAUUAAUUUAAACUCAUACACUUGCUGUGUCUAGCUGUCAUGCUUAGAAACUACUCUUUGGCCACAUCAAGGAUCUACACAUCUGUUCCUGAUUUGGUAGACAUCUAUACUGAUUUUUAAACAAAACUUUUACUGAUUUUGUACACAUCUAUUUCUGAUUUUGUGUUUUAUUUUCAGCAUACUUGAAAGGCUUCACCAGGGAACCCAUUGAUAAUCCAAUUUGCCUCCUCCAUUGUCCAUGCCCUUUAACACCAUCUCCCUGCUCGAUAUUCAACCCUCUAACUUUGAGAAGAAUUGUUAGAAAUUAUUGUAACCUAAUUUCCAAUGUAAAAGGUUUUUUUUAAUUGCUAUUCCCAGGUUGUUGAGUCCUGCAGGGUUGGGUACCAGAAGCCUCAGCCACAAAUCUAUCAAAGGUGCCUUCAAGAACUUCAGCUACAACCCGAGGAAACAGUCUUCCUUGAUGACCUGGGCCACAAUCUUAAGGCUGCACAAGCUCUAGGGAUCGGAACAAUUAAAGUGGGUACAUGUUUAUUACUAUUUAUUUCUGCGUGAUUUAUAUGAUUGCCGUAACACUCUAAUUGCAUCAGUCCAAUUUUGAAUUACAUGUAAUUUCCAUUUAAAAAUUGGAGCGUUUUCCCUUCAAAUUUAUUAGGAUCUAGGUCUUCCCCAUUCCAGUGAAAAUAUUUUAAAAAAUUUUAUUUGUGGCAAGUACAUUUUCUGUCACUUGAUCUAACCAAAUAUUUUAACAAGUUUGUUUUUAAGUUAUUUUUAGUGUUUCCUGUACAAUUUGGAAAAUCUAGCAUGUGAAAAAUAGGAAAAUUAUUUUUUAAAAAGUUUUUUAAAAUGAUUGAAUUAUAUAUUUGAACAUCUGAUGAACAUGUUUUGCAAACUUAUUAUUGUUAAGUGUUUAGGGAGUUGCAAUGACCAUAUGUUUAUUGGAUUUAAUUGUUUAUUUAAUUUAUAUUUAUUGGAUGGAUGCACACAUUUUUGGGUUUAUAUGUUCAUUAAUUGUUGGUAAUUAAUAAUUUGAUAGUUGUUCACAUUUUCAAUCAGAAGUAGAAAUAAAGGGUCACAAAUUAUCUUUAUCUUUCCUUACUUUUGCACUUUAACAACAGUGCAGCCAUGUGGAAAAAAAAAAUAAACCCCCAAUUCUCACCUCAGUUUAUACAAAAAGCUGGUACAUAAACCCUGGGUAACUCGAUGGCUGAGACUUGAAUUAAUUGGGAUAUUUUCUAGAAAUUCAUUUCUCCUUGAUGAGAUGGACUUUUCACACCUCUGUUGUAUGAAUUAUCUGGAGAGCACUGUACUUUUUAAAAAGAUAGAUUUUGGUGUUGCUCUCUUGUGUCAGCUGUGUCAGGUUAAGUGUUCUUGCAUUUCAAACGUUAGUUUUAGAGUGCCAAACAUACUUUAACUUUCCUCCAUUUAUAAUACUUCCAAUCUAAUCAUUUCCAUGGAUUGCUAUUCUUCCAAAAUCAUCAACUUAAUUAUAAACAAACUAAUGACGUUUGAUGUUUGAUUUUAUCGCCAACAUUAAACAAAUUAUUUACAGGUGACAAGCCCAGAGCAAGGUGUGGCUGAGCUGGAGCAGGUGUUGGGCGUCAGCCUUCAUGACUUUGUCCCCGGCACCACAAGCGUCCCUGAUCAUCUGAAGAUCAAUGAGACAAACCUGGAACAAUAUUUAAAAUCUCAAGGAUUACAAGACUCUGGUAUUGCCAUUAAUUAAUUGAAACUGGUAGAAAAAUUCAUCCUUUACAAAAUUACGAGACUAUGGUAAUAUUUUUAACUCUUUUAAGAAUUACCCUUAGGUUUGCUCUGAUACGAAAAUACCACUAAAGCGGAUGCCAAUUAUUUUGAAAGUUAUGGACUUAGCUUUGAAAAGUCCACUGUAAUUAAAAUUUAUAAGUAUUUAAAUAAAACUUUUUCAUAAUUAAUCAUAAUUAUAGAACAACUUUCUGGGUGCUCUCCUAAUUAAACGUUUAUGGUUGCUGAAAUAAUUUGUAAACAAAUUAGCAAGUGUUGAGGUACUUACUGUUUUGAGAGAAUUUUUUUUUUUCCAAUUCAUAUUGACACUAUAUUAUUUGAUGCCUAAUGUUGUUUCUCUAGCCCCACUUGCAGUGAAGGUGUUUGAACAUGGACAGUCAAACCCCACAUAUUAUGUCUCAUAUGGUGGGAGGAAGAUGGUUCUAAGAAAGAAGCCUGUAAGACUAUACAUAGGCUUACACUGAGACUGUCUUUUUAAAAAAUAUCAAUUGAAUUUAAUGAAUCUUUUAAGGUUAUUCUUAAUUUAAGAUAAGAGCAAACUUGAAUUACUAUAUUGAAUGAAAAUCUAUUCUUGUGUUAAGUAAAAUCUUAUUUAUAUCUACUACAUGUAAACAUUUUGUUUAUGUAUAUAUUUCAGCCUGGCAAGCUCUUGCCAUCUGCCCACGCAGUGGAUAGAGAGUUCAAGGUAAUGUCUGCAGUUCAGAAGGGUGGAGUACCCGUGCCUCCUAUGGUGGCUUUCUGCGGUGACGAAAGGUAACCGAUGUUCUUAAAGAUAGAAUAGGAACAUCAUGAACUUCAGCCACAGACACUUUUUUCUUCAGCAGAUGCAAUUAAGACAUUUACAUUAUUUCCCAUAAUUUUUUUGUUGUUUCCCCAUCUAAUUAUGUUAAACUGAAAAAGUGCAGUCAAAAAUAAAUUAAAAUUCAUUAGAAAUAUAUUUUAUAAGCUACAGUUUAUCCAUGAAAUAUAAAAAAGGAUUUAAUUUUUUUAUAAAAUAUCCACACCAAGGUAAAGGAUAAAUUAUUUAAAUUUAGUAAUAUUGUACAACAUUCUGUCAUUCAUUAAAGCCCAUAAUGUAUUUAUCUACCUCUUUUUUUGUAGGAGCAGCUCUCCCUCAAAUGUACAUGUACCAUUCAUGUCACAUGGUCUCAUAGAUUACAAAAUCCCACUGUGGUUUUUAUCUGGUCAAAUGUAUUUGUUAUAUUUAUGAAAUGAAACUGAGCUUUUCUUUUAUUUCUGUUAAAUGAAACUAGCAUCAUUGGGACACAGUUCUAUCUGAUGGACUACGUGAAGGGCCGUGUGUUCAAAGACUUAAAGCUCAACGACCUGCCCAGGGAAGCCAGGAGGGAAUAUGUCAUGGCCAUGAUUGGGACCCUCAGUAAGAUCCAUUCGGUUGAUAUUGACAAAGUGGGUCUGUCCGACUUUGGAAAGAAAGGUGUGCACUGUUUAUUUUGUACAUUUUAAAUAUCAAAUUAAGGGUUUAAAAAAAAGUUUUUUUUUUAUGUUUCAUAUUGUGGAUGCGGUUUAAUCUUAUGUAUUAUUCAACUGGUAAUGGAAAUUCAGAUGCCAAACUUAAAUCAGUUUGUCCAUGCGUUGGUACUGUUAUUUUAAUGCACUAACACUGGUACUAUUAUUUAAAUUCACUCACAUUUAAACUAUUUUAAAUUUCACUCACAUUGGUACUAUUAUUUAAAUUCUCUCACAUUGGUGCUAUUAUUUAAAUUCACUCACAAUGGUACUAUUAUUUAAAUUCACUCACAUUGGUACUAUUAUUUUAAUUCACUCACAUUGGUGCUAUUAUUUAAAUUCACUCACAUUGGUACUAUUAUUUAAAUUCACUCACAUCGGUACUAUUAUUUUAAUUUACUCACAUUGAUAAUAUUAUUUUAAUUCACUCUCAUUGGUACAAUUAUUUUAAUUCACUCACAUUGGUACUAGUAUUUAAAUUCACUCACUUUGUUGCUAUUAUUUAAAUUCACUCACAUUCUGCACAGUUAGCAUUUGUUUAGCCUUUAACUAGGAUGCUAUAAUCAUUCAUGUCUUAUUGGGACUUGAGAGUAAGCUAAGGAGUUUAUUGUCAAUAUUUAUAGUGGGGCCCCCAUGUGAAUAGUGGUGCCCUCAUGUGAGUAGUGGGGCCCUCAUGUGAUUAAUUAUGACCCAUGUGAGUAGUGGGCUCCCAUGUGAGUAAUGGGGCCCCCAUGAAAGUAGUAGCGCCCCCAUGUGAGUAGUGGUGCCUCCAUGUGAGUAGCUGGGUCCCAAUGUAAGUAGUGAGGCCUCCUUGUGAGUACUGGGACCCUCUAUAAGAAAUAUGGCCUCCAUGUGAGUAGUGGGUCCUCAGUGAAUCAUGGGUAGUGGGCCCCCAUGUGAGUAGUUGGGCCCCCAUGUGAGUAGCUGGGCCCCCAUGUGAGUAGUUGGGCCCCUAUGUGAGUAGUUGGGCCCCCAUGUGAGUAGUUGGGCCCCCAUGUGCGUAGUUGGGCCCCCAUGUGUGUAGUUGGGCCCCCAUGUGAGUAGUUGGGCCCCCGUGUGAGUAGUAAGGUCCUCAUGAAGAUAGUGGAGCCCUCGUGUGAGCAGAAUGCUUUCAUGCUGCCUUAGCUAGAGUUUGUGACCCUACAUUUUGCAAGCCAUAUUAUUAUUGUAGUCAUGAACUUAAUUUUGAAUUUAAAAAAUACAACUGGUAUUUGUGUCCAUCUACCAUUACAUUAUGCCCAUCUCUGUAGGUCAAUUCUGUGAAAGGAACUUCAAGAGAUGGUCUUCGCAGUAUGAGCUGAGCAAAACUCACGAGAUUCCGGCUAUGACUAAGCUGAUAGACUGGCUGCCUAAGAACAUGCCUCUGAAUGAAAGAGUCACUGUCAUCCAUGGGGAUUUCAGGUAGUUUACUGUUGAUUUUAUGUUUCAGGUGAUAUGUUUCAGGUGAUAUGUUUCAGGUGAUAUGUUUCAGGUGACAUGUUUCAGGUGACAUGUUUCAGGUGAUAUGUUUCAGGGGAUAUGUUUCAGGGGAUAUGUUUCAGGUGAUAUAUUUCAGGGGAUAUAUUUCAAACUAAUGACUGAAGCCUCAUGGGAUUUCUCAUAAUUCAGUACGAAAGAUUGUGAAACUUGCAUGCAAGACUUAGUUCAUAUAUCAUAUAUGCAGAAUGUAGCCAAAGCUCAGCACUUUAAACAAAUAAUUCCUAUACCCAAUGACCUCAUGCACCAUUUCCUCCCCAUCCCAUUUUCUUCUCUGCCCUCUUUCCCUCAAACGCCCCUCCCACCAAUGACCUCAUACACCAUUUCCUCCCCUAUCCACCCUUCCCCUUUUCUUCUCUGCCCUCUUUCCCUCAAACGCCCCUCCCACCCAAUGACCUCAUGGACCAUUUCCUCCCCCAUCCACCCUUCCCCUUUUCUUCUCUGCUCUCUUUCCCUCAAACGCCCCUCCCACCCAAUGACCUCAUGCACCAUUUCCUCCCCCAUCCACCCUUCCCCUUUUCUUCUCUGCCCUCUUUCCCUCCAAUGCCCCUCCCACCCACCUUCCCCUUUUCUUCUCUGCCCUCUUUCCCUCAAACGCCCCUCCCACCCAAUGACCUCCUGGACCAUUUCCUCCCCCACCCACCCUUCCCCUUUUCUUCUCUGCUCUCUUUCCCUCAAACGCCCCUCCCACCCAAUGACCUCAUGCACCAUUUCCUCCCCCAUCCAUCCUUCCCCUUUUCUUCUCUGCCCUCUUUCCCUCAAAUGCCCCUCCCACCCAAUGACAUCAUGGACCAUUUCCUCCUCCAUUCACCCAUCCCCUUUUCUUCUCUGCUCUCUUUUCCUCAAAUGCCCCUCACAACCAGUGACCUCAUGCACCCCUCCGCCAGACUGGUGCUAGCUUAUUCCUCACUUAACCCAUAUGCCUGCCCUAAACACUUACUCUCUAACCCUUUCAGUCAAAAAAAUUCAACGUGUAAGAACUUGCGAAAGCGUACUCAGCGACAAGCGUGUUCGCUAUAAAUAGUAUAGGUACUGCAACUUCUCUCUUUUGUUUGCAAGCCUCUUGCUUCUUGCUGUGUCAAGUUAUUUGUGCAGACAACGAUAUUAUCUUUUCAUUUAAAUUGCUACAGUUUGAAGUAGGCACGUUUCUGUUGUAUAUAUAUUUUCAAAGGCCAACUAUUGGUCAUGGAGGUCGAGAUAACCAACGUUAAGUGGCAAAUUCGGCCUCCUUUUAUGCUCAAGAUAUUAGGGUUCGGAUACAUAAAAGAAUCCACAUAACCGAGUUAACCGAGGUUGACAUAAGUGGGUUCGACUGUAAAGGAAUCUAAUUAUCAUAUUAUAUGAAAGAGUAAUGUUUCGUUUAUGUCAGUGUAAGAGAGAAGUACAGCAGGAAAUAAGUACUUCAAAAUUCAUAACAGUUUAUGUGGUACAGAAGAUAAACAAACAAAGUCUAUGUCGGCAGAAAUAUCCAUGUCAUCCAGAGGCAUUCUUUGCUGUGGCCUCCUGCUGUUGGCAGUCAUUAAAUUUGCUGUACCUAGAUUGUCAUUACAUUUGUUGUACCUAGAUUGUCAUUAAAUUUGUUGUACCUAGAUUGUCAUUACAUUUGUUGUAUCAACGCUGAAACUAAACUGAAGGUAUAUCAGGCGGCUGUUCUCCAUAAACUUCUCUAGACCUGUUGGCAGAACAGCGGCUGCAGAGCGCAAGAGACAUGCCAAGACGGCCCGGUCUGACUCUGCUCCCGGGGAUGCGCCAUCAUUCCCCUGCACCUACUGCACAAGAGAAUUUCGUGCCAGAAUCGGCCUCAUUAGCCAUCUGCGCACCCACAGACAGAACCAGCACAAACUCUGGUGAUUAAAGUGGUCAUGGUAGACUCCCGACUGACGAACAUGUACCUAGAAUAAAAAUGUGUGCUUAGGGUUAAUUUUUUGGGGUAACAUUAUUCCAUACCAAGCCUAAAGAAAAAUUAUUCCAAACUUGUAAUGGAUUCUCUUCAGAAUUGACAACCUGAUGUACCACCCUGAUGGGCCGGAGGUAUUGGCAGUUAUUGACUGGGAGCUCUCCACUAUAGGAGAUCCUAUAACUGACCUAGCCACAUGUUUGCUGUCCUACUUUACACCACCUGAGAGUCCCCUAAAUCGAGGUAUGAUUUGUGACCUAACCCUUUAUCUAGAACAGUGGUUCUUAACCUUUUUGGAGGUACUGAACCCACCAGUUUCAUAUGCUCAUUCACCGAACCCUUCUUAAUAGGAAAAAUAAAAUAUGAUUUUUAACAAUUUUUUUUUUUGGACCUCCGCCAAACCCCUGAGACUGACUCACCGAACCCCUGGGGUUCGAUCAAACCCAGGUUAAGAACCACUGACCUAGAAGCUUGACAAAACUUACUAUAACAUCAGUUAGCAUCUGCUGUACUUAAUAUUGGGCUAUAAAUAGCUUUUAAGUACCACAGAAUUUCAACUGUUAUUAAAUCAAAUAAAAAAGACUAUCACAAAAAUAUGAAGUUUUAAAAAAAAAUAUAAAAAAAACCACUACUACUUUAGUGACCAAGACCUUGGCCUACUUCAAUCUUCAUUCUUGUUACAUUUAAUGACUCUGUCCGACUUUGUACUCUUUCUCUUGCUAGCUUAAAGCUGAUAACAUCUCAAGAUGUGUGUUGGUCAUUCAUUCCCCCAGUGUGUUGUUUCUUUUUAAUACAAAUGCAAAAGUUGAUAAUUUUCUCUGCUUCAAGCUGAUAUUUCUGACAUGAGCCUGGAGUUAGUGAACGUCUUUGAUUCAACAUUACAUUUUAUCACUGUGGUGCCAGUAAAACAUUACCUGCCUUUAUCUGGCUUUGGGACCUUGUGUUAUCUUACGCUAAAUUGAAACAUGUUAUGGGGAAAAAUUUAAGAGUUUUAUUAGAUACUCUUCUUUCAUUCCGUUCUCAACUCACUAAGAGAUAAACCAGAAGAACUUUGGUAUGUUGUUAGCAUAAUUCUUGGACUUGUCUAUGUACUGAGUUAUAAAAAAAAUUAACAUUAAUUCCCUGCCUGUUAUGUGACAUUGUUUGGGAGACCUGCCUGUCAUGUGACAUUGUUUGAGAGACCUGCCUGUCAUGUGACAUUAUUUUGGAGACCUGCCUGUCAUGUGACAUUGUUUUGGAGACCUGCCUGUCAUGUGACAUUGUUUUGGAGACCUGCCUGUCAUGUGGCAUUGUUUGGGGAACCUGCCUGUCAUUGACAUGGUUUGAGAGACCUGCCUGUCAUGUGACAUUGUUUGGGGGACCUGCCUGUCAUGUGACAUUAUUUUGGAGACCUGCCUGUCAUGUGACAUUGUUUGGGAGACCUGCCUGUCAUGUGACAUUGUUUGGGAGACCUGCCUGUCAUGUGACAUUGUUUGGGGGACCUGCCUGUCAUGUGACAUUAUUUUGGAGACCUGCCUGUCAUGUGACAUUGUUUGGGAGACCUGCCUGUCAUUGACAUGGUUUGAGAGACCUGCCUGUCAUGUGACAUUGUUUUGGAGACCUACCUGUCAUGUGACAUUGUGUGGGAGACCUGCCUGUCAUGUGACAUUGUUUGGGAGACCUGCCUGUCAUGUGACAUUGUGUGGGAGACCUGCCUGUCAUUUUGCAUUGAUGGGGAGAGUGCAUGAUAUCAAUACUUUAUAUUGUUUGUUUGAAACAAAUCAAAAUCACCAGUGUCUGCUGCAUUAUGUUUCCCAUUGAAAACAAAAUAAACCAUUGAACUCCCCAUGAACCUGAUCUCAUUCCCUGUCAAAUCUCUCAGUUAUUUAAUUUCUUACCUCGGGAAGGUGUUACCUGAAGCUAAGCUGGUGAUUAGCGCCAAGGGGUGAGACACGCUGGAGGUUCAUGCUGAGGAGUUUUAAGGCAACCUCAAGACACUCCUUCUCCGUCCCUGAAACCAGAGUACCUGUAAUUGUAAGCUUGCAAUGCAGGCUGGUUGAUAGGCAAUCUGACCAGGUGGCCCAACCAAUUCAUUUGCCAGUUUACUUAUCUGUCUAAAUUUAGAUCUCAUUGAGGAUCUAUCCAAUAUGUGACAUUGUUGGCAUAAAUCAAGACAUAUUCAUAUGCCCCAUAGUGGCAAAAAGGAUACACCAUCUUGUAAACAAAUGGCAAAGUCAAAACAAGCAUCCAAAGACAAAUCAGCUGGGACAAAAGGAGUCCCUGACCUUUGGUUGGGGGGGGGGGUACAUGAACUCCUUUCAAUAAAAAAUGCAAGACUCUGUACGUAAUUACAACUGGCUCUCAAGAACUCAACAGUUAUGCUGCACUGUUGUUCGAACAAAGUCUGGCUUCAAACAUUUUUAAGGAACAAUGAAAAACUCAAACAAGGAUUUUCAAGACGGAAAAAAAAUAUGCACCAUGAAUGAAAAUUAUAUAAUUUCCAUUUAUUUUGAUCAAUAAAAAUAUAUCUUAUCUUAAUCACUGAUUUCCAACAUUUGGUUAAGGAGGAUGUUACCAAAUUGACACAAGCUAAAUAUCUUAGUGUUUCUCUAGAUGAUUUCUAGUUGAAAUAAUGUUUUAAGUUUUGAUGAAACCCUCAGUUAUUAAAAUAUUUUUGGACUGUGAUAAUAAAGCUUGAAGCAAAUGAAAAGACACAAAAAGAAGUGAUAGAGAGAGAGGGGGGAGGGAUAGAAAGAGGGAAGGAAGGAGAGAGGGUGAAGGGAGGGAGAUUGAUUGAUUGAUGAUUGAUUGAUAAUUUUGGUGAAGUUAUCUCAUAGUUUUUUUUCCUUCUUUUGAUGUUUUAUUAAAACCUUUUCUACAUGCUGAUAGACCUAACCAUCUUAACUCACUUAGGCCAGUGAACCCAAUGUAUUCCUUGCAUUUAUUUCAUGACCAUCUUAACUCACUUAGGCCAGUGAACCCAAUGUAUUCCUUGCAUUUAUUUCAUGACCAUCUUAACUCACUUAGGCCAGUGAACCCAAUGUAUUCCUUACAUUUAUUUCAUGACCCUCUUAACUCACUUAGGCCAGUGAACCCAAUGUAUUCCUUGCAUUUAUUUCAUGACCCUCUUAACUCACUUAGGCCAGUGAACCCAAUGUAUUCCUUGCAUUUAUUUCAUGACCAUCUUAACCACAUGCUGAAUUCCCUUUUUGCAAUACCAACACCACAUUUUCCCCCCCCCCCCCCUUCCCUAAAAAAAUGAUAAAUGAUUUAAAAAAUUACAUGUUUAGAGCUGAACUUCAAAAUUUCUUUUUAGAAAGACUUAAUUAGAAUGAACAUGGAGGUUAAAUCAAAUUUAUUUAUAAUUAUUCUUUUAAAUAUUUUGAGCUUUCAAAUUCUUUAAGUCUCAUUAGAGCCUGAUGCGCCUCAUGAACUGAAAUUAUAAGCUUAAUGUAUCACAGUGAAUGAUGUGCCUGAUGAACUGAAAUUAUAAACUUAAUGUAUCACAGUGAAUGAUGUGCCUCAUGAACUGAAAUUGUAAACUUAAUGUAUCACAAUGAACGAUGCGCCUCAUGAACUGAAAUUAUAAACUUAAUGUAUCACAAUGAACGAUGCGCCUCAUGAACUGAAAUUAUAAACUUAAUGUAUCACAAUGAACGAUGCAUGCGCCUCAUGAACUGAAAUUAUAAACUUAAUGUAUCACAGUGAACGAUGCGCCUCAUGAACUGAAAUUAUAAACUUAAUGUAUCACAAUGAAAGAUGCGCCUCAUGAACUGAAAUUAUAAACUUAAUGUAUCACAAUGAACGAUGCGCCUCAUGAACUGAAAUUAUAAACUUAAUGUAUCACAGUGAACGAUGCGCCUCAUGAACUGAAAUUAUAAACUUAAUGUAUCACGGUGAAUGAUGUGCCUCAUGAACUGAAAUUGUAAACUUAAUGUAUCACGGUGAACGAUGCGCCUUAUGAACUGAAAUUAUAAACUUAAUGUAUCACAAUGAACGAUGUGCCUCAUGAACUGAAAUUAUAAGCUUAAUGUGUCACAGUGAAUGAUGUGCCUCAUGAACUGAAAUUAUAAACUUAACGUAUCACAGUGAAUGAUGUGCCUCAUGAACUGAAAGUUUAAAUUAAUAAAUUGAUUUUUCUUACCAGGACUUUUAGGAGAGGACCUCCAGUCUCUGGGGCUCCCCACAGUUGAAGAGAUCCUGGCUGAAUACUGUCGGCUUAACAACCUCAAAUCUAUUGACAACUGGGAGUUUUACCUGGCGUUUGUCUUCUUCCGGUCGGCUGCCAUUUUACAAGGUGUUUACAAGCGGGCCAUUUCAGGUGUGUGGUAGAAUGUAGUCAGAUCUUAUCCAUUUCAUGUGUGUGGUACAAUGUAUUCAGAUCUCAGCCAUUUCAGGUGUGUGGUAGAAUGUAUUCAGAUCUUAUCCAUUUCAUGUGUGUGGUACAAUGUAUUCAGAUCUCAGCCAUUUCAGGUGUGUGGUAGAAUGUAGUCAGAUCUUAUCCAUUUCAUGUGUGUGGUAGAAUGUAGUCAGAUCUCAGCCAUUUCAGGUCUGUGGUAGAAAGAAGUCAGAUCUCAGCACCUUGAAAAGAAACUUUCCCACACCCUCAAAGAUACACUUUUUCCCCUCUCCCCCCACACUCCCCAUUUCUUCUCUGCCCUCUUUCCCUCAAACAACUCUCCUGCAGACCAGUGCCAGCUUCUUUCACACUUAAACCCUAUGCAAGUCCCUCAUUGCCUAACAACCAACCUCCUCAACUGAACCACUCUCCAAACCUACUCCACCCUCUCCUCAUUGUAACCAAAUGAAAAUAACUUAUUGACACCUUUACCUUGACAAGACCUGAGGAGAGGUAAUUUUCUCUCGUUUGAAUACCAUAAUCAUGGCUGUAUCAUUGUAUGGGCAUUUGUUAUUAGCCAACCCAUCAUGGAUGUAUCAUUGUAUGGGCAUAAGUUAUUAGCCAACCCAUCAUGGCUGUAUCAUUGUAUGGGCAUUAGUUAUUAGCCAACCCAUCAUGGCUGUAUCAUUGUAUGGGCAUUAGUUAUUAGCCAACCCAUCAUGGCUGUAUCAUUGUAUGGGCAUUAGUUAAUAGCCAACCCAUCAUGGCUGUAUCAUUGUAUGGGCAUUAGUUAAUAGCCAACCCAUCAUGGCUGUAUCAUUGUAUGGGCAUUAGUUAUUAGCCAACCCAUCAUGGCUGUAUCAUUGUAUGGGCAUAAGUUAUUAGCCAACCCAUUAAAUACAAGAGAAUGUGGGGAGGGCAUAAUGACAUUUUUUUGGUUAACAUUUUAACUGUGCAUGUUAUACUUGUCUCUGUUACUAUAGGUCUUAUGGCCGUAACUGUGGAUGUUAUACUUGUCUCUGUUACUAUAGGUUUUAUGGCCGUAACUGUGGAUGUUAUACUUGUCUCUGUUACUAUAGGUCUUAUGGCCGUAACUGUGGAUGUUAUACUUGUCUCUGUUACUAUAGGUCUUAUGGCCGUAACUGUGGAUGUUAUUCUUGUCUCUGUUACUAUAGGUCUUAUGGCGGUAACUGUGCAUGUUAUACUUGUCUCUGUUGCUAUAGGUCUUAUGGCCGUAAAUGUGGAUGUUAUACUUGUCUCUGUUACUAUAGGUCUUUUGGCCGUAACCGUAUUUUUACCUCCAAAACAGACUUUUGCAUAUCACACUCACCACCCACAACAGACUCCCUAUAGUGAAUAAUUCACCUUGGCCCUCGUCCAGAAUUUUUGUGCUUGCUUGCUUACUAUUCAAUGAAACUCAUUUUAAUUACUCUAAAAAUGUGGAUGUCGUCUAAAUAACUGGCCAUGCACACAGAUGUGUCGAGACAUCGAAAAAUGGCAAUAUCUUGUUUGUACAAAUGUGCUUUGGUUGGGAAGAGUAAUACAGGGAGCACUGCAUUCAGGUUGAAGCAAUAAGAAAUAGACACAGGGUAUAGAGAAAAACCUGAAGGCUGGGAAGAGAGGCUAAUAUAAGUUUAGAUUAUUGGACGCUGCAUGUUGUUGCACUGAGAUUUUAAUUUAAGAUUCUUGUUCUCACGAUUUUCUAAGUAUUUCCACACUGAUCUAGAAUGAGCCCAAUUUUCUAUAGCUGCAUUUUAAUUCUCUGUUCAAGGCCAGGGCAGCUCUUCAGCUGGUAAAGUCUAUGGACUUUAUGCCGAACCGAUGGCCAACUUUGGAUGGGAGAUAGCGUCUCGGAAAAGCUCGUCACCAACAACAAACUGCACCAGUGCCAGAUCGGACACUGCACAAACUCGUCAAUACUCUACCCUUACCGUGGCUGGACGUAGGCCUGUCAUGUCAGUCUUGGCUCGUCCACUGUCUUCUGGCUCUAAUCCCCCUGGUCAAGUUGGUAAGUUUAUGCCAAUCAUGUCAGUCUUGGCUCGUCCACUGUCUUCUGGCUCUAAUCCCCCUAGUCAAGUUAGUAAGUUUAUGCCAAUAAUGUCAGUCUUGUCUCGUCCAAUGUCCUCUGGCUCUUAUUCUCCAGUUUAAUUCGGGAAGUAUAGACCAGUCUUGUCCAGUUUGGCUUGUUAACUGACCUCUAGUUCUUGUAUUCCAGGUCAGGUUGGUAAGUGCCACGCAAAAUUUAAUAGAUUAUAAAUUUUCAAUAACUAUUAAUGUUUACAUAGGCUGUUCAAAUCAUCAAAUAAAUUUAUGUAUUUUGUUAUUUGACUGUUAUUUUAGCAAACUGUUACUGAGUGAACUCAGUUUUUAAAUUCUUGACUUUUGGAAUAGAACCUGCUCUCUCAUACUAACCUGCUCUCUCAUACUUACCUGCUCUCUCAUACUUACCUGCUCUCUCAUACUAACUUUCAAAAUUUGCUUAACAUCAUGUGCUAAUCUUAGCCCUUUUACUGUAUUAAAUAUCAUAUAAAGUCAUUGUGGGUAUAUCUUCACAUCUCAUCUGCAUGUUAUACUUGUCUCUGUUACAAUAGGUCUUAUGGCCGUAACCCUACGUGUUAUUCUUGUCUCUAUUACUAUAGGUCUUAUGGCCGUAACCGUGGAGGGGCUGUCACCGCGUGUUCAAGAUCUUCACGUUAGAGUGAAACACUUCAUACAGGAAAAUGUGAUGCCGCUUGAAGAGCUCCACAAGAAACGUGCAGCAAGUGACAGGUGGACCAUCAUGCCAGAGACCGAGGCCCUUAAGGUGGAAUAAAACAAUUUUUACAUCAGAUCACUCACUUACUGUAAGAUUCUAAUGAAGGAUGUUAAACAAUAAUUGGAUUUACUGUUAUCAUUAUAAAAGAACAACAACCCCUUAUCAGUUGUUACUAGGAUUUAUAAAAAUUAUUGAAAGAAAAUCAAUCAGCUGACAAAUGACACGCACUGCACACAUGAAAAGAAUGUUAUUUACAAAUAUAAAUGCACACUUAUGACAUACACAAUGGUAUUUACAAAUAUUAAUGCAAAAAUAUGACAUGUACAAAAUGGUAUUUACAAAUAUAAAUACAUGCAGAUGACAUAUUCCAAUGGUAUUUAGAAAUUUAUAUGCACACGUAUGACAUUUACAAAAUGGUGUUUACAAAAAUGAUAUCACCCGUUUGACAUGUACAAAAUGGUAUUGGCACAAAGGAUGCGCACAUUAUGAAUGAUGUGGGAGUUAAAUCAUCCGUUCCACAUUUAUUUAAGAAAGUAUUUUUUCCUCUUGCCAAUGCUCUUUUCAAUUUGUUCUUUAUAUUUAUACAAUUAUUUUAAUUCGUCAUUUAUUUUGUCGUUCAGGCAAAGGCCAAAGCAGAAGGGUUAUGGAACCUGUUCCUACCAAGAGAUUCUGAUCCUGCAGGGAAAUAUGGGGCUGGUCUCACCAACCUUGAAUAUGCAUUCCUGUGUGAACAGAUGGGCAAGUCUUUGAUUGCCCCUGAGGUGUGUAUGUGCUAAAAUAGAUGGGCAAGUUUUUGGUUACCCUUGAGGUGUGUAUGUACUAAAAUAGAGGGGCAAGUCUUUGAUUACCCCGGAGGUGUGUAUGUGUUAAAACAGAGGGGCAAGUUUUUGAUUACCCCUGAGCUGUGUAUGUGCUAAAACAGAGGGGCAAGUCUUUGAUUACCCCUGAGCUGUGUAUGUGCUAAAAUAGAUGGGAAAGUUUUUUACUGCCUAUUAAGUGUUUUUUUAAUGAAAUAGAUGUGAAAAUAUUUUAUAGCCCCUGAGAUGUGUAUUGAUAAAAAAGAUGAGCAGCUUUUGAUUGCCCCUGAUGUGUAUGUUGCGUAAAAUAGAUGGGAAAGUUAUUAAUACGCAUGAGGUGCAUAUGUGAUGAAAUGGAUGGGCCAGUCGUUGAUUGCUCUUGAGGUGUGCAUUAUAUCAAAUAGAUUGGCAAGUUUUUUAUUGCCCCUUAGGUAUGUAUGUGCUCAAAUGGAUGGGCAGUCUUUGAUUGCCCCUGAGGUGUGCAUGUGCUCAAAUAGACCAUUCUAAUGGGAAUAUAAAUAAUUAACUGAAACUGCCAUUGGUUUCAUCUCACUGCACCUAAUUUCAAUAUUUGUAAUUUAAAGUUGGUUAUUGUAAAAGCUAGUAUUUUGGUCAUGAGAGAGGAUAAAAUUUUUGUUUUUUCAGUAUAUAUCAUUAUGUAAGUUAUUACUUUACAAGCAAUGUUUGUCAGAUUUUCGCCAACCCUAGAGGACAACGCUUCAUCAGCUGGAUCAAAAUAAAUUGAUUAGUUACUUCCCAUCAGAUUUUCAACUGCAGUGCCCCAGACACAGGCAACAUGGAAACACUCGUGAGGUACGGCUCAGAGGAGCAGAAAGAAAAGUGGCUGAAGCCCUUGUUGGAAGGAAAGAUCAGAUCGUGUUUUGCCAUGACUGAACCAGCUGUAAGUCACUAUAAUGUUUCAGAUCUGACUUUUAGUAUUUAGGUUGUUAUUAGUUGAUUUUCAGGUCAGACUUUUAGUAUUUAGGUUGUUAUUAGUUGAUGUUUCAGGUCAAACUUUUAGUAUUUAGGUUGUUAUUAGUUGAUGUUUCAGGUCAAACUUUUAGUAUUUAGGUUGUUAUUAGUUGAUGUUUCAGGUCAGACUUUUAGUAUUUAGGUUGUUAUUAGUUGAUGUUUCAGAUCAAACUUUUAGUAUUUAGGUUGUUAUUAGUUGAUGUUUCAGGUCAAACUUUUAGUAUUUAGGUUGUUAUUAGUUGAUGUUUCAGGUCAGACUUUUAGUAUUUAGGUUGUUAUUAGUUGAUGUUUCAAAUCAGACAUUAAGUAUUUAGGUUGUUAUGUGUAUUACUAUCACAUCAUGGGCUGUAAUACAAAUAUCAAAUUUAUCUCUUUCAAAAUAAACUAUUUUUAAUUGUAAAGCUGAAACAAAAAUGAAUAAUUAAAAGUUUUAUGCAUGUGGAAGAUUUUUCACAAAAAAAAUAUUAAAAGCACCAAUUUGUCAUCCAGAAAUUAUUUAAGAUUUUUUUAAAGUUAAAAGUUCAUGAUAAACCGAUUGUAAUAUCCUUCUACAUUAAAGCUGUUGUAUUCUUUUCCAUGAAUUAUUUAUUUUAUCUUUUGAUUUAUUUCUUUGUAUAAUGUCUAACUUGGGCACAAACAUCAGUAUACUUGAUUCUUUUCUUCAAACAGGUGGCUUCAUCAGAUGCCACAAACAUUGAAUCAUUCAUUAGGAGGGAGGGUGACCACUACAUUGUCAAUGGCCACAAGUGGUGGACAUCAGGUCAGUGUCGACUGUCAGGUUAUCAUAGAACUUUUUGUUUUGUGGCAUCUCAAGUUGAUGGUGUGGUUUUCCCCAGGGGUUGAAUAAUCACCAGAUCUGGGAUUUUAUCAAAAUCUACAUAUGUCCAAAACUGCAUAUGUCCCAUCCUACAUUUGUCCAAAACCACAUGUGUCCAAAUCUCCAUAUGUCCAAAACCGCAUAUGUCCAAAUCUACAUAUGUCCAAAACUGCAUACGUCCAAAUCUAUGUUUUUCCAAAUCUACAUAUGUCCAAAACUGCAUUUGUCCAAAUGUACUAUGUCCAAAACUGCAUAUGUCCAAAUCUACAUUUGUCCAAAACCGCUUAUGUCUAAAUCUACAUAUGUCCAAAACUGCAUAUGUCCAAAUAUACAUAUGCCCAAAACUGCACAUGUCCAAAAUAUACAUAUGCCCAAAACUGCAAAUGUCCAAAUCUACAUAUGCCCAAAACUGCAAAUGUCCAAAUUUACGUAUGUCCAAAACUGCUUAUGUCCAAAUCGACAUAUGCCCAAAACUGCUAAUGUCCAAAUCUACAUAUGUCCAAAACUGCAUACGUCCAAAUCUAUGUUUGUCCAAAACUGAAAAUUUCGAAAUCUACAUAUGUUCAAAACUGCUAAUGUCCAAAUCUACAUAUGUCCAAAACUGCAUACGUCUAUAUCUACAUUUUUCCAAAUCUACAUAUAUCCAGAACUGCAUUUGUCCAAAUCUACAUAUGUCCAAAACUGCAAAUGUCAAAAUUUACAUAUGUCCAAAGCUGCUUAUGUCCAAAACAACAUAUAUCCAGAACUGCAUUUGUCCAAAUUUACAUAUGUCCAAAACUGCAUACGUCCAAAUCUAUGUUUGUCCAAAUCUGCAUAUGUCCAAAUUUACAAAUGUCCAAAACUUCAUAUGUCCCUAUCUAAAUUUGUGCAAAACUGCAUAUUUAUAAAGCUGCACGUUUCUAAAACUGCAUAUGUUUGAAACUGCAUAUGUUUGAAACUGCAUAUGUUUGAAAUAGCAUAUGUUUGAAACUGCAUAUGUUUGAAACAGCAUAUGUUUGAAACUGCAUAUGUUUGAAACAGCAUAGUUCAUAUUGUUUCCUAACGCUAAAAAUAGACUGAAAGAAAAAGCCUAUCAUAACAGUUAAUAAACAUCUUCAUGAGAGAAAUAGCAGAUCAGAAAACUUAGACAGAGUCUAGCAAUGUCUUCUAACAGGACAUCGUCUAUGUUGUUUUUUUUUUAAUUUGUGUUUCUCUUUCUUCCAGGUGCUCUAGACCCCAGAUGUAAGAUCUGUAUCUUUAUGGGAAAGACAAAUACUUCGGGUGAAAAGCAUCGUCAACAGUCCAUGAUUCUCAUCCCCAUGGACUCACCAGGUGUCAAGGUCAUUCGGCCACUUACCGUAUUUGGCUAUGAUGAUGCACCAGGUAACCACAGGUGACAGUUUUCAUGCAUCGUUACAAUCGUAAGGGACAGAAUCGCUACAGAUGAUAGUUACUCCUUAAUGAACUUCAAAAUACUCUCAAGAUCAAACUUUGUUAGUUGUUAGGGUUAAAAAAUAAUUUACAGCAUCAUUGUUAGAUGCCACAAGAAUUUAAAAAAAUCAAAUGCUAUACACUAAUUAUGAUAUCAGAAGAAAGGUCAGAGUGCUCCAUAAAAUGUAGCUAUACAAAAAUAAAAGGGGACAGUUUGUGUGGUUUAUCUUAGAUUUUAAUUAUUGUUUUUGUAAGAGGUAAUGAACGAAACAAAGAAUGGGAAAACAUGGCUCUGCUGUCCUCUCUGAUACUACAUUGCAGCUAUAUGUUUAUUUUUACUUUAUAUUGUUUUUACUGUUGUCUGUUCACUGAAGAAGGCUUCUUGCCGACACGUUUGCUCAUUUCCUUUUACCUAACCUUAUUGCUGUCUCUCCCCCUUAUUACUAUUUUUGCCUUGCUUGUAUCUUAAUGAUGCACUGUGUCAUUUCAUUUUCUUUUCACAACCAUGAUUUUUUUAUUAAUUUUAAAACUUUAAAUUAUUUGAAUCAUGACACUACAGCUAUUCAUUUUGUUACGGUACCCAGAGGGCCAUGGUGAAGUAAUUUUUGAAAAUGUCAAAGUCCCUGUAUCAAACAUCUUACUUGGAGAGGGGCGGGGCUUUGAAAUUGCCCAAGGGCGUUUGGGACCUGGAAGAAUCCAUCACUGUAUGAGGUUAAUAGGUCAUGCCGAGAGGGCUCUGGACUUGAUGCUCGAUAGGGUAAGAAAGUUUAGAAAGUAAAUCUCUAUUCACCUGCUCUCUUCUGUCACUCCCAAAUAUGCUAAUGUCCUUGCUUAUAUCAGAAUGAGGGCUGAUUCCAACAGGGCCAUGUGGUCGACCUCAUUCUGAUGUGGCAUUUGUUAUAUAAUACUGCAGAGGUCACAAACUCAAAUUUUUCGGGGGCCGCUAACCCUAUUUUGAAAGUAACCAAGCUGACAGGCUCGGAAUUUCCCUCAGUCUUUAACACUAGCUGCAAUUUUAAUAGAGAUUCUUUGAUACUGUGUCAGAUUGCUACGAUUUCCACAAUUAUGGUUGUGCAUUACCCACUAACUAACUUUAAAAACUUUUCUCAAACCACACUUUGGCCAUGUUUGUCUCAAAAAAUGCUAUGACAUAAAAAAAUUUAUUAAUCCGAUUAAAAAAUGGUUUUUACCAUUGUAAUCAAUGUCCAAACCUAUACAAACAAAGAAAAAUCAGAAUGAGACUAGUCUGUGAGAUUCGACUGAAGCCGUCGUGGAGAGUCACAUAUAGAAAUGAUAAUGGGGAAAGCCCACGGGCCUCAUUAACAUAAAACUUUGAUGUCAGGUAUCGGGCUGCAAAAUAUCGUCUUGCGGCUGCAAAUGGCCCAUGGGCUGUGAGUUUGAGACCCCUGUCAUACUAUAUGCCUUAUGGCUCUCCGGCAUUUUUAAAUUACCCUUUUCAUGUUUUCCAUGCAUAUGAGAUUUAUUCCUACCGCUUUAGAUCUUCUAAUAAGUUGUUUAGUUAAAUUUUUUUAAUGCCUAAGGCAGAUAAAAGAAAGUUAUUUUGUAAUGCCUGAAAGAAAGAUAUUUUUAGCAUUGAAAUGUUAAGCAAACCUUGUGUACUGGUAUUGCUUAUUUUCUUUUUUAUGCUUUUUAGACUAUGAAAAGAGUGGCUUUUGGUAAACCUUUGGCAGCCCAAGGGUCCAUCCAGCAAGAUGUUGCCAAGUCAAGAAUACAGAUUGAACAGUGUCGAUUGUUGGUCUUGAAAGCCGCCUACAUGAUGGACCUCUAUGGAAAUAAGGUGGGACUCUGGCAUCAAACUGUUUUAAGGUUUAAAAGCCAUAUAAAAAUUACACAUUUUGGUCGUGAACUUUUCUCUUACUAUAAAACUGAUGUUUGUUCUGGAGUGCUGGAUAUCUGAGCUUGUUUAAUGAUUUAAUUUUUUGCUGAUAAUAAAUUUCUAUUUCUAUAGAGUCACAUUUAGGUAAAUACAAAACACUCUACUCAAUCAUUCAUGCUUUCAAUAAAAAUACCUCUAUUUGUAGAAGUAGAUUUAGAAUUUCACUUCUUGAAAACAACACAUUUAUAAAAACUUAAUUUUAGGAUGCUUCCAUGGACGUUUUGCUUUUGGCUUUUCUUGGUCCACAUUUUUUUUAUUUCUCAUAAUUCCUUAAAGGUCGCAGCUCCAGAGAUAGCCAUGAUCAAAGUAGCUGCUCCAAAUAUGGCACUCCAAGUCAUAGACAGAGCCAUCCAGGUAACAGUAUUAAUGUCUGUCUUUAAGCUGACCCUAUUCACCACUUAACAUAGACCAAAGCUGUGAUAACCAUAAUCAAGGGAACAAGGGAUGGUAGCAUCAGUGGUGUAGCUAGGGUUAGUGCCACCCUGGGCGGGCAAGAUUUUUGCCUUCCCUACAUAACAAAAAAAACCCACCGUUUGGCCAAAAAUCCCCCCCCCCCCCCACUUUUUGUCAACUCCCUUCAUACGUUAGUACAUCUGAUAGUAUCAAGUUAUUUCUAUGAGAACUAAUCUUAAGAAGUUUUUCAAAAACAUUGUGGGGGAGGGGGAGUGAUUAUAACUUUUGAUUUAACGUUCAUCUAUUUGUAAUUAUUUACUACAACAUUACCCAGUCUUCAUUAAUUCCCUUUUAUAAAAAAAAAAUCCAAGAUUUAUUUUUAAAAUUUCUACAUUUCUUUAUAGCGAUAUUACUGAACGACAUUUAAAUGUGAUUAAAAGACGUAUGUAUUAAAUCUGGUUAAAGGGAUACCAUUUACCUCUAAAUUACACAGGCACAUGGUGGUGGGGGUUUAAACCAAGACUUUCCCUUAGCCCAGAUGUAUGCCUGGGCCCGCGUCCUGCGUUUAGCAGAUGGACCCGAUGAAGUUCACAUGCAGAGUUUGGCAAGAGCAGUUUAUGCCAAAAGUGGCAAGGCCAAGAUUUAAAAUGUGGGAUUUUUUUUUAAUUUGUGGUCUUGCAUUGUUCUUGUUCUCGAUUUAUCCAAAUUUCUACUUACCAAGAUCUUUAAUUGUGCAACAUAACUGAAGCCAUUUUAAACUAUUGAAUAUAAAGACAUUAUUUUAGGCUUUUUUAAAAUCGUUAUUUUCUUCAAGUUAUUCCUUCUGAAUUAUUCUUGUAGCCACAAUCCAUAACAAAAUUUAAUGCUACACAAUUCUUCAAUCUCAAUUUUGAAAAUAAUGAUUUAAUUUGCUAAUUGUAUUUUGUUUGUGAUUUGGUAUUCCUUCAGGCACAUGGAGGGGCUGGACUGGAUGACCAAUUGCCCCUUGCACAUUUGUUUGCAGCAGCCAGGACGCUCAGACUAGCAGAUGGCCCUGAUGAGGUUCACAUGAGGACCAUUGCUAGAUUGGUGUUUGCAAAGACAGGAAAAGCAAAAAUUUAACUGACUUAUUUCAAAACACAGCUGAGACCUGACUACUAUUAAAAUAAAAGUCCAUCUUCUCAUAUUUUAUUGAUCCAAAAAAGGGAGUGACUAGGCCAUUAGAAACGUAAUUCUUUCCCCCUUAUGAUAAAGUCAUAAAAAAGUCCAAUAUACUUUUUAAAUACUUGGAUGUGUCUGCAUCAGCAAAUUUGAACUAUGGAGAUUUUUUUGUAAGCACAAAAAAAUUAUAAUUUUUGAGCCAAAUACUAAUGUUAAAAUGUUAGAAUGAAUUAUAAAUUACAACUAAGCAGACUUACUUUAAGAUUUCCUUAAUUAUAAAAUAAAUGCCAUAGUAAUUGGUAUGAUUAUUUUAAAUAUUGAGAAUAACUUAAGUAUUGGUUGCAUAGUCCUCUUAUUCAUUUGAUUGCAGCUAGAGCUACAGCCCAUUUUUUUAAAAAAUCAUUGUAAUAUGACAUGCUAUUUCAUUUCUCCCCCCCCUCCCCCCCCCCCUCCCAC